UAUACAUUGCAUAAAGAAACUUGCUCUUCAAACUACAAGUUAUGCAAGUUGGUAUAUCUGUAUUGAAAAUGCAAGGCAUUUUAACACACUGUUGAUACAAACUAUGAUGAAAGAAACGAUACUUCAGUCCAGAUGCAACACACCUUACUGGAAACUAGGCCACCAGAUUAAGCCUGUAAAAAGUUUUAUAACAGCUGAUGAAGGUGAAGGAGAGCCUGAGAAAGUUCAAAACAGGGAAAAAAAGGAUCCAAGAGCACGAAAAACAAUAGGGAGCAUUGGAAGAAAGAUUCACCACCGCAUCAUUCAUGUAAUAGAUGAAAAUGGAGAGAACCUGGGAAAUUUGCAUAGAGCUGAUAUUAUUCGAAUCAUGGAUGAGCGUGGAGUCAAGGCUGUACCUCUCAAGGAAAAUGCUGACCCUCCAGUAUACAAACUAAUGACAGGAAAACAGAUUCACGAUGAACAAAUGAAACUCAGGGAAAAAAGAAAGAAUGCACCUAACACUGGACCUUGUCAAAUCAAGGAGCAAACAUUCUCAGCAGACAUUGCAAAGCACGACCUGCAAACAAAAAUAAAGCAGAUCCAGCAAUGGAUUGAUAAGAAGCACCAUGUUCGGAUUACUGUUAGAAAAGGAGCCAUAAUGGACAAAGCAGAUAAGAUGGAAAUAUUGCUGGAUCAAAUUGUUCAAUCCAUGCCUGACAAAGCUACGUACAUGUUUAAGCCAAAGAUUAUUAAAGAAGGGAAGGCAGCAAUGUGCAUUCUACGGCAUCUGUCUGACAAAGAAAUGAAAGCACACAAAAAGGUGAAAACGGAAUUGCAAUGUCAAGAGGAUCAUGAACAACAGAGUGACGUUCCAAACUUUGCUGCAACAGAAAUAGAAGGACUGCCACUGGGGACCAGAAGAGAAGAAGAAAAAAUACAAGUCAAGUCUGAAGGGCAAGGAGAUUACAUAUCUGAUGUGAAAAGCUGAUUCCCUCCCUCUGCAAAUCUAAGCCAACAUUUCCAUUACAGACUUCAAUUACACUUAAUGUUAGCUAAUCAUGGAGAAAGAGUAUAUCCUUCUGUAUAAGGAUACAGUGUACUCAAGCCAGACGGCAGUACAGAUACAUACAAAGGAAACAAUCCAUGAUGAAGUGCUCUAUUUUUUUUAAUCUACCAAUAUUUUGACACAUUCAGUAGUUUAACAGCAGAACCAUCAAGAAACCAACACAUCUACUAUCAAUUGGAUAGGUGGUGACAAGUUUGGGGGCAGAUUGGUGAACGGGAGUAAGAAAAAGACUACCUGCUCUGGGAUAGUAAGAGCUGCUGAUGCUGGAAUCAGAGAUAACACAGGUCAGGCAGCAUCAGAUGCCUCUGUUGCUGCCUGACCUGCUGUGUUCCUCCAGCCCCACACUGUCAUCUCUAUCUGCUCUGGGGUUUUUUGCGAAGGGGGGGGAACAAAAAAGGGAAGGGUGGAGGAAAAUAGGUUGCAAGACAAGUCUAUCUGUCUCAAGUGUUGAGCAUUGUGAUGGGUUAACUAGCCAAUGUAUUGGUCUUUUCAAUUAAAGGACCAUUCAUAAAAAAUGCCUGAUUAUUGUGUUGAUAAUAAGAAUUUUUAGUGCAUUCUCUCCAAUUUUUUGAUUCACUAGACUGGGGAGCAAAUUUAAGUGUAGAACCUCACAAGAAGAGGUUAGAGCCAUCCGACCCAAUUCAUAAAAUAAAGAUAAACUAAUGCUUGUAAAUAAGUUCUAAAUAAGUCUUGUCUUCUUAGAUUUUUAAUAUUGUGGUCAAGUAGUAAAAUUAUUACAGGUUUCUUUUCUUCCAGGAAUUUUAAACUAAUUAAAAUGCUAUGUGUUUUACUUUAUGUAAUUUGCUGUGGUUGGCCCAGGGAUUUAUUACCAUUUUCCUUCACUGUACUAGACAUUGUUUUAUGACCAUAUAUUCUGAUAGGACAGGUUCUCUUCAAGAAUAAUUUUUUUUCUAUCUUAUGUAAAUGUCACUGAAAUUUCCUGGAUUGUUCAAAUCUAUGUACAAACAAGUCACAUUACACACACCCUAAGCAAGCAACCAGCCAUCUUGCAACAUUAUUUGACUGCAGAAACUGCUUACGUGCUGUGACUAAAUCAAAACUGUACAAGUAACUCCAUCGUAUCAUCAGUAUUUAAAUAGAUCUGAUGAGGGCCUGCAUUCUACAAGACCAACAAUGAUACAAUUCACAAGGGAGUCAAAGGCAGGAAUGUGGAGUGGAGGUCAUACGACACCAGGAUAUGGUCCAACAGGUUUAUUUGAAAUCACAAGCCUUCAGAGUGCUGCUCUUUCAUCAGAUGAAGUGGCAGCUGUCUCAUAAGUGUUGAGCAUCGUGACAAGUUAGGUAGUUAACUUUACUUGAAGAAGGAGCAGCACUCCAAAAGCUUGUGAUGUCAAAUAAACCUGCUGGACUAUAACCUGGCAUUGUGUGACUUCUGACUUUGUCCUCCCAGUCCAAAACACCAGCACCUCCACGUCAUGGCUACAUAACCAAAUGCUGGAGCAAGCUCGAGGAGUCAAAUGGCCUAUUUCUAUUCCUAAAUUUAUAUGUAUGUUCAUAAUCCUUGUUUUGCAGCAAUGGAGAGAAUGUAACAAAAAAAUUCAUGAUGAGAGGUGUUAAACAACAUUGUUGUACAAUUUCUAUAUCACAUUAUACAUUACCAUAUGGCUGUGGCAAAAGAAAUUCCAAUCUCAUAAAAUCUGAAGUUUUUUCCAUUCUUCUGAAAAGUUGAAACCCUCGUGCAGUCUGGUCAGCCCCAUUUGCAUUAUUUGGAAGGUUUUAGGUUAGCAAAUGUGACAAGAUGCUUGGAAUAGUUCAUUAUUCCUUUUCAUUCAAUGUAUAUUUAAAGUAGGACACACCUGC